AUGCCAAUUUCAAGAAAUAAGAGAUAUGCCCUCUUAGUAGACCAUCAAGAAAAUUCUGGGAGAUUGCUGCAGAAAACUUGCAAAGAAUGGUUUGUAAAUCCCGUGAACUUGGCUUUGUUCGUUUGGAUCAUUCUUCUCUCUGUUUCUGGGUGAUUUUAUUUUGUCAUGACUGGAAUGCUAAACAGUGCCCUUCCGGAGAAGUCCCAGUGAAACGUGUGGUUCAAAGUGAACGAUCAAAUCCUCAAUGCCUUUUUUACACUCGUGUGCUUGUUUCAACACCCUCAAAGAUUUUACCAUUUGGCAUUACUCUUGAGGUGGAAUCCGCGAGACAUUUCUAAGCUAAGAAAGACUUACUGCAAGAAUGGUACUCACAAGUCCCAUGCAUGGGUACAUAUGCUAGUUGUUAUUCUGCUUCUUCAUUUGAAUUGUUUUGCUUAAUGUAGCCUAUGUGGUCUUAACGUGGGAUACAAACGAUCUGAGAGGCCUCUACUUGGAGUUGCAAUUUGUAUCUCAGUUGCCAUAGCUGCAACAACUAUAGCAGAAAUUUACACAAUGUUCCCCUUAGGAAAGGAGUAUGAAGAUGAUCUCCCUGUUGAUGAGGAACCCAUGUUCCUAUGACUGCGGCAUGUGAAAGUAUGAACAUUUUGAGGUCAAAUUUUCUAGAGAAGAGGUUGUCCUUUGCGGUGAGAGAAGAUGGAAAGAUUUCAACCAACAUGAGAGGUGGAAUUUUCUGAUAUGCGGGAUGAUAUUUCUGUAUUUUUGCAACUUCUGUGGUUAUGGAUGGAACAUGGAGAGUUUAGGAUUUAGGAAUAAGUAUGCUCCCAUUGCAACUUUCAUCUUGUUUUGUUCUGCCCCAUUUUGGAUUUUCAAUUUGGUUGGCCUCAAUGCCUAUAAUGGCAGUGUUAGGCAGGCUUUAGGACUUACUGGGUUCUUACUUUGUGGGUUUGGUUUACUCUACAGUGGUUACGUAUGAGGAAGAGGUUUAACUUGUCUGGGCAUACAUCUUGUUGCAGCAAUCCUGCUAUUUCUGAUUGUGCUUUUGUGAUUUUGCUGUGGUUGGUGCUCACUUGCACAGGAGGUGUGAUUGCAAACAGCAAAUUUCUAUGAUAUUGCUCAAGACAAGUUGUAUAGGAAACAACACAAUGAAAAUGGCGAGCUAGGGUGCUCAGAAUUGUCUUUUGAAGAUGGAGAAAUGACUGACAGCAACAAUCUGUCCCUAAGCUCUCAGGUGUUCCCGUCUGACGGCUCCAUGAUCGUAAGAGCAAAUUCCAGUUCUGAAAGAACAGAAGAAGACUCGAUAAGGGAAAGUACGUCCAAACUCGCCCUUAAUGAUUGACGGAGAAGGCAAAUAGCAUGGUCAUUGCAUAAUUGUAAAGAGAUGCAUCGUAGAUGGUUGAGGUUUUUAACUAAUAUGCAUUUUCAAUAUAGGCUUGGAAUGGGAUCACAAUUUUGUGUGUAAGACAAAAUGCUACUUCAUGUGUGCUCCAUAUUUAUCACAUUUCUUGAGUCUACUAGUACCAUAUAUUUCAAAUCAUACUGCAUUAUAAAGCAAGUUUUGAGCAUUAGAGUGAGAUUUACAUAACACGACAUACUCAUAUAUCCAUGUUAUUUGGAAUUAUUGGAAUUAUUGGAAAGUUGGAAUGUUAAAUGUAGGUGUAUCUUUUCGUGUGCA